CACCAUAGGUCGCCCAUAUGUCAACCCCUCUAUGCAUGCUAAACAAACCCCUAAAUGGAUUUAGAAAAAUACUCACAGCGUGCUCUCGGCGCUCUACCGCGACAAAUAGCGUCCGUCGGUAGUGAUGACUCUUUUCAGGGAGGCACUCAAUCGCUUGACAACCACAGCAAGCACAUAGCCACCAGCGAAAACAUUGUGAGCGCGUCCAAAUAGUACAUUCGUUCCUGUCGCAGCUGCUGAAUGUGCAUGCAGGGCCAAGUAGGCUACAAGUCUCUGCCGGUGCUACUGCCGGUUGUGUGCUGAGGCUCGUUAGCGGCGGCCAACGCGAAUGCGGGCGUGAGCAAAAGCGUAUUGCCGAGUGAAUAGUGCAUAUUAACGGUAUGUGCUUUUUGUUUUUAUUUUAAUCCCCAACUUUGCAUGCAGGGCCAAUGCGGUGCUAAACGCGAUCAUUCGUUCUUCUGUGACUAAGCAAGAGGAAUUGAUUAAUUUGUUGCCUUUUUUCGCUACAUUAUUUUUUAAACAAUAAUGCUAUUUGAGUUAAGUUGAAAUAUCGAUGAAGUGGAAAAUGGCAGCUAAAGAGAAUUCGAAUGAAAAUAAUUGUUGAGCUGUGAAAAAAAUGCAAACAAGCAAAUAUUGCGUGAGAAAAGUGCCAGUGGACUUUGAGUAUAACGUGCUCUUAACGGUACCGUGAAAGUGUUGUGAAGGUGAAUGAAAAGAUUUACUUAGCUUUCCAGGAAUUUAUAAAUAUUGCAGAUAAGAUAAUGUGAACGCUUGAAACAGUAUGUAGUCCACACAACCUAACCAAAGAACCUACAAGUCGUUAUUUAUUAAGAAAUCGUCGUGAUACUUUUAGAAGAUAAGUGGACGCUGGAGAUAUCCAACAUAUAUAUUAUAGUUAAGGAAACACAUUUUUAAGUCAAACAAAUGACUGUCAACGGGCUGCUAGGACGCUCAGUGCUAACUGAUGGAUCUCGAUCGAAUCGACGCUCGUUGAUUUCCCUCAUUGUGGGACUGGUCGUUGGUUUUUGUCUCGCUGAAAUGUUUAUACUAUCGACGCCGGCGCGACACGACUAUCUGCCAUAUGCGGGUCAUCAACAUGGCGAUGCCAACGAUGCACACAACAGCCACGACAUGCUUGGCGCGGAGGGGCCGGAAGCGGAUAUUGGCGCACAUCAGCAUGCAUAUGAGAAUUCAAGUAUAGCGUUGAAAAUGCAUAGUGAGGUGCGUGUAUUGUGUUGGAUUAUGACAAAUCCGAAGAAUCACAAAGCAAAAGCGCGUCAUGUAAAACGAACAUGGGGCAAACGCUGCAAUAAGCUGGUGUUUAUGAGCUCUGAGAAGGAUGACGAAUUGGGUUCGGUGGCGUUGCCAGUGCAGGAGGGACGCAACAAUUUGUGGGCGAAAACAAAGGAGGCCUUCAAAUAUAUACAUGCUCAUCAUUUGGACGAUGCGGAUUGGUUUUUCAAAGCAGACGAUGACACCUAUGCUGUUAUGGAAAAUAUGCGGUAUAUGCUGUAUCCUUACUCGCCGGAGACACCCAUAUAUUUUGGCUGCAAAUUCAAACCAUUUGUGAAACAGGGUUAUAUGUCCGGUGGCGCUGGCUACGUACUCAGUAAAGAGGCGGUUCGCCGAUUUGUCGAGAUAGCCAUACCGAAUAAGGAUUUCUGCAAACAGGACAACACCGGCGCUGAAGAUGCUGAAAUCGGUAAAUGUUUGGCGAAGGUAGACGUAAUCGCUGGCGAUUCACGUGACGAACACGCGCGUGGCCGUUUCUUCCCAUUUGUGCCAGAACACCAUUUAAUACCAUCACAUACGAACAAAGAUUUCUGGUAUUGGCGUUAUAUCUACUACAAAACUGAUGAGGGCUUAGAUUGCUGUUCUGAUAGGGCGAUAUCGUUCCAUUACGUAUCGCCAAAUCAAAUGUACGUUUUGGACUAUUUGAUCUAUCAUUUACGACCGUACGGUAUUAUCAACACGCCCGAAUCGCUGCCCGAACGUCUGAAAGUGGGCGAGACGAUGCCUCCGCCAGUAGAACAGACAACCGCGGCUAUUGAAGCUGAGAAGGCGAGCGAAGCCACAGCAUGAGCGAGGGUUUAGUUAGGUAUUGCUAUAGAAAUAUGGAGAUAUGUAUAUUUACAUUUAUGUUGACAGCUUUGUAAAUAUUGGUUUUCCCGCUGUGUUUACUAAUUUAAGUAAUUACGUAAGUACGUAUUUGCCAUAGCCAGUAGCUGCUACGUUAAUUUUUUUUUGCCAAAAACAUAUGCUUUGCUAUGCGUUCGAUCUGUACAAAGGAAAGAACUCUCAAAAUAAUUCCAAGUUGUAUUAUUUAGGUAGAUUUGCGAUAAAAUUAAGUCUGUAUAAGUAAAAUAGUUUUAUUAUUAUUAAUUUUUAUAAGUAUAUAUACUAUUUUAUAUAAGAUUUAUAAACAAUGGCUUUAUAAAAUAUGCAUUUCAUAAUAGUACUGAAAAUAUUGUAGUUAAAAAAAAAUAUUUAAAUAAGAAAUAUGCGGGCUGAAUAGAGAAAUCUUAAACCUUAAGAAAAGGUUGGCAAAAAUGUUUAAGUUUAAUUUUAAGUUUACAGAUUUGAACUGCAUUUCCAAAUACGUCAAAUAUUUUAGAAGACAUACGCUCAGAACAUGAUUAAAACCGAAGUGUUGAAUAAAAAAAAAGUGUAUAUAAUUUCAGUUGAUAUACAUAUGUAUGUAUAUGUGAAAGGGAUUUUUGCUAGAAAGUAAACAGAAAGCUCAAAAUACCUAAAAUGAAAACGUAUAUAUUAAUAUUAAAGUAGAAAUACAUCUCUGAACUAAAGGGCAAAAAACCAAAGAAUAUAUGUAUCAUUAAAAAGAAUACGUAUUAGAAGAAACUAAAUGUAAAAUACUACUUACUGCCCACAAAAAAAAAUUUAAUUGAUAACUUGAAAAUUAUUAUUUUGUUUUCUUAUUUUUUUAUUUUUUACAAUAAUUUUAUUUUUUCUUGCAUAAUUUUACAAAAACUAUUCCUGGUAAAAUGUGGGCAAAUUUUUAAAUACUACUUAUAUGUAAGUAAAUCUUAAAUAGUUGCCAUUUUCAUAUACCUAAUAUUGGUAUAAAUGAAAUGCGAGCGAAAAGACAAGCACAAAAUGCGCAAACACUAAAUUAAAAUAGUGAAAUUGAAAACCUAUUAAAAUAAACGGAGAUAUGAAUAU